AACCCCAUAAACCGCUGUAUUAACACUAAUGGAGGGUUCAAAAAAGGAAGAGGCGAAUCCAUGGCGGGUACUGGAAUUCUACAGCGGCAUCGGUGGAUUGAGGUAUUCAUUGAUGAAGGCGGGAGUAGAUGCAGUGGUUGUGGAAGCAUUUGACAUAAACGACGUCGCAAAUGAUGUUUACGAGCACAAUUUCGGCCACCGUCCCCACCAGGGUAAUAUUCAGUCCUUGAGUGCUGUUGACCUCGACAGAUAUGAGGCAGAUGUGUGGCUGUUAUCUCCUCCUUGCCAGCCUUACACACGACAAGGUCUCCAGAAGGGUUCAGGUGAUGCUAGAGCUACUUCGUUUCUGAACAUUCUUGAACUUAUACCACAAAGUUCACGGCCUCCACUCAUGCUAUUUGUGGAGAAUGUUGUUGGAUUUGAGACAUCUGAUACACAUGAAAAGAUGAUUAAGAUGUUACGAGAGAAUCAUUUUGACACGCAAGAAUUUAUUCUAAGCCCUUUGCAGUUCGGCGUGCCAUAUUCUCGGCCUCGCUAUUUUUGUCUGGCGAAACGGAAACCUCUGUCUUUCCAGAAUGCACAAUUCAACAACGCGCUUCUGCGGGAUCCAGGUCAUAUACAUGGGUAUGAGGAAAGCACGGUGACCAGUGAAGAAACCGAAUCACCUUCAUAUUGGAAUAAAUUAAUUGAAACUUGUCAACCUAUACAACAUUUCCUGGAAAUGGAAAAAAACAGAGACGAAGUCACUUCAGAAUCCAAUGAUAUUCCCCCUAACGUUGCUGAAAUGUUGAUGGAUUCUGAAGAAGGAAAUGAAUUCAUUGAUCCUUCAACUAAGUAUUUAGUUCCCUCUAGCCUGGUAGAAAGAUGGGGGAGCGCUAUGGAUAUUGUUUUCCCUGAAUCGAAGCGCUGCUGUUGCUUCACCAAAAGUUAUUUUCGAUACGUGAAGGGCACAGGUUCUCUAUUGGCAACUGUUCCGGGAAAAAUGAAAAACGAAACUUCUUCCUUGCACGAGCUUCGCCUUCGAUAUUUCACACCCCGAGAGGUAGCCAAUCUACACUCCUUUCCAGAGGACUUCGAAUUUCCACAACAUGUUAGCCUAAGGCAACGUUAUGCUCUGCUCGGAAACAGCUUGAGCGUCGGAGUGGUGGGGCCGCUAUUGCGCUAUUUAUUUACUCAUCAACAAUCAUAGCCUUGCUACAAUCUUAUUAGGUAGUUUUAUGGAUCUUUUAAGUUAUCCGAUCGAUCUAGUUUCAUUCUUUUUCGAAUGCUCUCGAUUGUAAUUUCUUCUUGCCCACAUAAUCGAAGCCAUUGGCCUCAUCGAAUUCUUUUGUGGAUGAUGAUUUUUUUUUUUUUUUUUUUUAAUGUUUUUCAAAGUAUGGAUGAUAUUAAGUGUCUCAUUUUUCUGUGAAGUAAUAUUAUUUAAAUCAGAU